AUUCAUAUCAUAUUUGCGUUAAUAAAUGGAGACCUUUACUUCAAGCAACCACACGUUGGGGCCCUGGAUGGACAGCGGGUUAGAGUACAAGGUGAUCAGCACUCUUUUGGUGUUUACCAUUUGCGUAUUGGGGAUAGUCGGGAAUGUGAUGGUCAUCUUGGUGGUGCUCACUACGAAGCACAUGCGCACUCCGACCAACUGCUACCUGGUGAGUUUGGCCGUGGCGGACCUGACGGUGCUGACGGCCGCCGGGUUGCCGAACGUUGCGGACAGCGUGUACGGCUCGUGGGUGUUCGGUCACGCCGGCUGCCUCGGCAUCACCUACUUCCAGUACCUGGGCAUCAAUGCGUCGUCGUGCUCCAUCACCGCGUUCACGGUGGAGAGGUACAUCGCCAUCUGCCACCCGAUCAAGGCGCAGUCGCUCUGCACGUACGCGCGCGCCAAAAGGAUCAUCCUGACUGUCUGGCUCUUCACGUCGCUCUACUGCGUCAUGUGGUUUUACCUGAGCGAUACCAAAGAGCUCGAGUACAGCGACGUGACCGUCGUGACCUGCGGCUACAGAGUGUCCCGGGAACUUUACUUGCCCAUUUACUUCUUUGACUUCAGCGUGUUUUUCGUGCUGCCUCUCGCGCUUGCUACCGUCCUGUACGGACUCAUCGCAAGAAUUCUGUUCCUGAACGCGUUACCCAAGGUGAAGAACGGACAGUAUGGCUCCGGGAUCAAACACUCCGUUCAGUGCUCGAGCACCACGGCGGCCUCGCGCAGACAGGUGAUAAAGAUGCUGGCAGUGGUGGUGGUUCUGUUCGCAGUGCUGUGGAUGCCUUAUCGCACCUUGGUGGUGGUCAACUCUUUCCUUCAAGAGGCUUACCUGGACACCUGGUUCCUGCUUUUUUGUCGCACCUGUGUGUACCUAAACAGCGCCAUCAAUCCUGUUAUCUACAAUGCCAUGUCACAAAAAUUCCGUGCUGCCUUUAGGAGACUCUGCAGAUGCAGUACUAAGGCACAGGCAAAGCAGGCAGCCUACAGUGUGGCCCUGACCUACAGUACUGCCAAAGAAACAUCCAUGAUCGAGAGCACGGACCAUUUUUCAACAGAGAUGGAUGAUCUCACAGAAGAGCCAAAUAAUCUGAGGGAAGAACUGACACGAAACUAGUAGCUAAAUAAAGUUUAAUCAGGGUAUUUACAAAUUAAAGAAUCUAAUGCCUACACAUAAAGUAUGCAUAAUACACUCGUCAUCUA